GUUGGGGAAAGCGCGAGCUACGCUGCCUGGCGCAUACAGGGCACAGCGCGCGCACGGAGAAAGAAUAUCCAACACGUCUGUUUUCUGCAGGAUGCCAAUGUAUUGUAUCGCUCUCAGAUCUCGUGACGCGCAAAGAGACAGAUGAAAAACAUAGACCACCUUAGACUCGUGGAGAGAUCUGCGAAAGCGAGAGCGCAGCUUUAUAAAGUAAAGCACUUAUCCCCGGAGGCUCAGUUGUUACAGUAUGGAGAACAUCACGAGUCCCUUCAUCCCAAACCCGACAUGCAACCACAGCAUGGACUUGUACUAUCACAACCGGAGCGAUCUGAACUGCACGCCGCCGGCUGACUACUUCUUUUACGCAGAUCUGUACGUGGUUCUCCCGGUCAUUUACUCCGUGAUAUGUGCCGUAGGUCUCACGGGCAACACGGCGGUCAUAUAUGUGAUACUCAAAGCACCCAAAAUGAAGACGGUGACCAAUAUGUUCAUUCUGAACUUGGCGAUAGCCGACGACCUCUUCACUUUAGUGCUCCCCAUCAAUAUAGCGGAGCAUCUGUUACACUACUGGCCGUUCGGCGAGGUGCUUUGCAAAAUUAUUUUAAGCAUUGAUCACUAUAACAUCUUCUCCAGCAUAUACUUUCUGACUGUUAUGAGUGUGGACCGGUACCUGGUGGUGCUGUCGACCGUGCGCUCCAAGCGCAUGCCGUACCGCACAUACCGGGCAGCCAAGAUAGUGAGUCUGUGCGUGUGGAUGCUGGUGAUCCUCAUCGUCAUGCCCUUCACCGUUUUCGCAGGAGUCUACAUCAGUCCCGACGACUUCGACAGGAAAAGCUGCGUGCUGAGUUUCCCAAGUCCUGAAAGUUUAUGGUUCAAAGCGAGCCGGAUAUAUACCCUCAUACUGGGCUUCGCCAUUCCGGUGUCUACAAUUUGCAUUCUUUACAUCAUGAUGCUGUACAAACUAAGAAACAUGCGUCUGAACACCAACGCCAAAGCGCUGGACAAAGCCAAGAAGAAGGUGACUAUCAUGGUGUUUAUUGUACUGGCCGUGUGCCUGUUCUGCUGGACGCCCUUUCACCUCAGCACCAUCGUAGCGCUGACCACAGACCUUCGGACCACACCGCUUCUCAUCGGCAUCUCGUACUUUAUUACCAGCCUGAGCUACGCCAACUCCUGUCUGAACCCGUUCCUCUACGCCUUCCUGGACGACAGCUUCAGAAAAGCAUUCAAGAAGAUGUUGGAAUGCAGACCAGCCUGAAUUUAACACACAUUGAAGGGGCGAAUGACGGGGGUGUGCACCAUUCGGAACUGAAUUCCAGUUCGAUUCCUGUAUUUGAAUUAAGGUAGCAAACAGGAUGCGGGUUUUGGCAAUUGGAAUAUAUAUAAAUAAAUAAUAACAAAUAUAUUUUGAACAAAUAUUAUAUGUUAAACAAAUUUCUAAUAUUUUAUAUUGUAAUGAUUCUGUAGUUUGUGGCUGAAUCAAAACUGAACUGAAUCAAAACUGAACUCAACACAAAACUGUUCAGCCCGUGUAGGCAAUUUAAUUUUGAAAUCAUUGUCGUUCCACUUCAGUAAUUGUAGUUUCUGCCCAAUUAGAUUCACGCUCGUAAACACUGAUUAAAAUACAGCAAAUCACUGUGUCCACUUCAGAUGUUCCUGUGCCUGUUUGGCUCCCCAAUAAUAAAAGAAAGUAUUUUCCUGACACUAAAUUCUAAAGUGAGAGUUUGUCUCCCUCUUGUGCUCUCUCUGUGAUAUUUGGAAAUGUGCUUCAGUGCCCUGAACACUUGACCUA